CUGCAUCACAUAACUCGAGAUGGCUAUCCCAGCGACUCGCAUCGCAUGCGGCAGCACACGGUCAAUACCACUAUGGGCAAGGACGUUUCAUUCAUCCUGUUCCAGCUCGGCGGCCAAGGGCAAAUCCGAUACACCAUCGGCAGCGAUUCAGAAAGAGAGAGCAAAGGUGGAAAAGGAAACCAAAUUGCCUCUGAUGCAGAACUGGAAAGUGUACGAUUAUAGUGAACCGCCAUUCCUGGAGACUGUCAAGAUGCUGGAGGUGCAAGAGACUUGGAAUUUGGUAGAAAAAUUGAGGGAGAAUGAUGCUUUGUUGCGAGCCCAAGCUACACCUUUUACUCCUCCCACCAACUCUGUUCGCCUGACUCGCUUCAUCGUUCCUGGCGCUCCGAAUCACCCAUCGAGCCUGAGACAACAGAUUGUCGUUCCAGUAUCUAGUCUUCCUCUGAACACCUCUGAAGCAAGACAUCGCAUCAAGUUGUUGGCCGGUAGCAGGUGGAAUCCCGGUCGGACAGAUGUGGACCCAUGCAGUAUCCAUGCAAACGAAGGCUUCAACGCUGGACCUCAGAAUAUCGGCAAGGAAGGAUGGCUGAUCAUCUCGUGUGAUAAAUUCCCUGAACCUCGCAUGAACCGCAAGUUUGUAAGCGAUACAUUAGAGAGGCUGGUGGAGGCGGCGAACGAUCCAAACUCGCCACUAUCGACCGACAUUCCCAUCGAUACUCGCCAUCUCAAGUCUGCACGACGUAGCAAGAAAUACGGAGAGAGCAAGAUGAGAGCGAUAAAGACAUUAGAGUCUCUCAAGAUGCAGAAUGUGGGAGGUGUCAGGGGCUUUCCUGUCGAGUGGUUAUCAGAUGAGGCGUUGUCAAAGCCAAAGUAUAAAAAGGCAAUGGAGCAGUAGUUGCCUGGUGUCACCUGUAUGUAUAGACGGUAUGAGGA